UUUCCAUUAUACCCUUUUUGCCUUUUGCAUUCCCUCACAGCUAUGCAAUGGCGGAUGCUGAUGCGUUUACUGGCAAAUCCUUGCAAGGUGGUGGCUUGAACAACAGUGAGAAUGGCGGUGGACCUCUCGUGGGUAUCCAAGGAAAGGAGGUGGAGAGUCCUGGGAAUUUGAGAGUAGAAGGAGGGAAGCAUGAUGGUGCUGAAAAGGUGAGUACUUUUAAUAAUGGCAAUGGUGGGGGUGAUGUUUUGGAGUGGUUUGGUGAGUAUAUUGAUGUGAAUGCUGGUGAAAUUUUGCAUCUUUGGGGUGGUGGAGAUGAUGGGUAUAGAGUUGGGGUUGGUGAGUGUGAUCAAGUUGCAUCUGGGUUUCAAUUUGGGUUUGGUGAAGAAAUUGGUGGAGUUCAAAAUGGUGAUGCUUUCAAGCGAUUGUUUGGUGAAGAUGAUGGAGAUGGGUUGCUUGUUGGUGGAGAAAUUCAGGGGGGAGAGUUAGGUCUUGGUGCUGGAGUCACGUUCCAGGGCCUAUUUAGUCAGGGUAAUGGAGAAAAUAGGACUGAAGAAAUUCAAGACCAAAAGAAGGAUUUGAAUGUUUGUGGGGGAGGAAUUAAGAGCUUGCUUGGUGAAAAUGUCUGUGGAAGCAGAUUAAAUAACAGUGCUGCUGAAGGAAAUCAAGUUUUGCAUGUUGAAAAUGCUGGUGAAUGUAAUGGGGGUAAAGAUGGCUCCAAAGGACAGGUUAAGGGUAAACGUGGUAGGCCAAAGGGCUCAAAGAAUAAGAAGAAAAUUCUCAGUGCUGAACAAGCAAUUGAUGGAUUAAGCGAAGUUGCUGGUGAUUGUAAGGUGGGAAAUGAAAUUGUUCAGCCAAAAAAGAAGCUAGGACGACCAAAGGGUUCAAAGAAUAAGAAGAGAAAAUUUGAGACCGCUGAACAAACAAUUGGUGAAGCAAGUGAAGUUUUUGGUCGUAGUAAGGUAGAGACUGAUAUUGUGCAGCCGAACAAGAAGCAAGGACGGCCAAAGGGCUCAAAGAACAAAAAGAGAUGUCUCGCUGGUGAGAAUCAAGAAAUGCCAUCCCUCGUUGUGGGUGCUAAUAAUGAUAGCAAUCAAUCUCUGAGGUUUACUACUGAUUUUGCAUCUGAGCGAGAUGGGACAUUGUCUAGUGAGGUCACUGUUGGGAAUGUAGGAGGAUUUGCUAUUGCCAGCCCAGAAAAGAAGAGAGGGCGGCCAAAGGGUUCAAAGAAUAAGAAGAAACGUAUUGCAGAACAGGUCCAACAGGAGAUUAAAGGAAUCCUGACUGGAAAUCAAAGCAGUAAUUGUGGUGUUGAAGGAAUUUUGCUGAUAGGUUUGGAGAAUCAAGUGAACAAUGUUUCAGGUGAAGAAGAUAAUGGUAUGUCUCGUGAAACUGCUGGUGUUAGUCAAGGUAUAAGUGAGAAUGUCCAGCCAAAGAAGAGGCGUGGAAGACCAAAGGGCUCUAAAAAGAAGAAAAAUAUUGCUGAUAAUAGUGGAGAAAUGCCCAGUAAGAUUGUGAAUAAUGAUAGUGGUUGCAAGGAGACAGUGCUUCCAAUGGACUUGGAGAAGUGUUCAAUUCAUAAUUUUGAUGCUCUGAGAACACAAGUGGAAGGAGAAGAUUUGAACAAGAAUGUAGUUGUUCCAUUCACCAAGAGAGAACAACGAGAAGAAGAUUUGAACAAGGGUGUCAAUGCUCUAUUCUCUGUGAUAGAACAAGGAAGAGCAGAAAAUUUGAAGAAGGAUGUCACUGUUCCAUUUUACCAUGCUAGGGCCAGUAUAAACCGGAAAAGAAAAAUAUUAAGUGCUGAAUCUGUCACUGCUCAAAAGAAUAUCAGAGGAAGGAAGAAAAAGAAGAAGAUUAGGAACCAAUCAGAAAAUUCAGAAUCAUUAGAUGAUACCAGCUGGAAGAAGGCGCGAGGGAGUUCAACGUGCCACCAAUGUUGGAGGAAUGAUAGGACUGGCAUUGUCAAUUGUUCUAGUUGCAAAAGGAAACGCUACUGUUAUGAAUGCAUUGCAAAAUGGUACUCAGAGAAAACUAGAGAGGAUAUAGAGGUGGCUUGUCCAUUUUGUCGGGGAAAUUGUAAUUGCAGAUUAUGCCUCAAGGAGAAUUUAGUUAAUAUGGUUGACCAGGAGGAAGCAGAUGCAAAUGCCAAACUGCAGAGGUUGCUUUACUUGUUAUACAAAAUAUUGCCUCUCCUCAGGCAUAUCCAGCAGGAACAGCAGUCUGAACUAGAUGUUGAAGCUAAUAUAUGUGGUGUGCAGUUGACAGAACAGGAUAUAUUGGUUUCUCUGUUAGAUAAUGAUGAUAGGGUGUAUUGUGACAAUUGCAAUACGUCCAUUGUUAAUUUCCAUCGAAGCUGCCCAAAUCCCAAGUGUUCUUAUGAUCUCUGUCUGGCAUGUUGCCAUGAAAUAAGAGAAGGAUUUCAGCCAGGAGUUACUGAAUCAGAAGCUUCUGACCAGCACUUUGUUCAAAGACCAUCUAGUCAAGCUACAUAUUUGAAUGGCCAGACUCCUGGAAAUUGUGCAGGAGAUGACCAAGAAAGCCAUCUGUCAACUGAGUGCAUGUCUGAUAUUUCACAUAAAUUUCUUGAUUGGAGAGCAGAGGCAGACGGUAGGAUUCCUUGUCCCCCGAAAGAAAAGGGAGGUUGUGGUGCUGAGACACUUGCACUGAGACGCAUCUUUGGGGCUAGUUGGGUUCAUCAACUGGUUGAGAGUGCAGAAGAACUAACUACUAAUUAUCAGCUAGCUGACAUUGAGUUUUCUCAAGGGUGUUCUUUGUGUGAUUCUGGUGGUUCUGCAGGAACAGUAAGAGAUUUUGAAGUAAGACAGGCAGCUUAUAGAGAGAGCAGUCAAGAUAACUUUCUGUACUGCCCAAAUGCUAUGCAAUUGCAAGAUAAUGAUAUUGAGCAUUUUCAAACACACUGGAUGAGAGGCGAACCUGUUAUAGUUAGAAAUGUACUUGAAAAGACUUCUGGUCUUAGUUGGGAACCUAUGGUCAUGUGGAGGGCUUUUCUAGGUGCAAAAAAGAUAUUAAAGGAUGAAGCCCAAAGAGUUAAAGCAAUUGAUUGCUUGGAGUGGUGUGAGGUUGAAAUUAAUAUUUUGCAGUUCUUCAAGGGCUACUUAGAGGGUCGUCAGUACCGGAAUGGCUGGCCAGCAAUGUUGAAGCUGAAGGAUUGGCCUCCAUCUAAUUCAUUUGAAGAGUGUCUGCCAAGGCAUGGUGCUGAAUUUGUUGCAAUGCUUCCUUUUAAAGAUUAUACCCAUCCAAACUCUGGUAUUAUGAAUCUUGCUACGAAGCUUCCUGCUGUUUUGAAGCCAGACUUGGGACCCAAAUCGUACAUUGCUUAUGGAUCUUUCAAAGAGCUUGGUAGAGGUGAUUCAGUUACAAAACUACAUUGUGACAUGUCUGAUGCGGUUAAUGUGCUGACCCACAUGACAGAAGUGAAGAUUCCACGACGUCAGGGUAAAAUUGUAGAAAAAUUACAGAGGAAAUAUGAAGCUGAAGACUUACAAGAGCUUUGUGUUGGGAUUCAGAAAGUCUCACAUAUAUCUGGACAAAAGCUGCGAAAAAGACCUCAUAAAGAUGAGAACAGUGGUCUUGAGUGUUCUGCAGAGCUGAACAAUUGUCCAGUUAAGCAUGGGGAUGUUGGUUUAGCAGAGGGCCAACCCUGCUUCCUAGAUGUAAAUGAUAGAGGCCCCAAUCACACUGCCAUGGAGGAUUUUCAAGCUUUUCCUGGACCUGAUAAUAGAAGUGAAAAAAUCGACAAAAAAUUGUUUAAUCAAGAAAAGGAUUACAAUGUAGAGGAGAAGACAGAUUCUGGCAGCAGGCAAAUUUUACUGGAAGCAACAUGUCCAGUAAAAGGAAAUGAUGAUUUAGAGUCUGUCAGACUGGAAACAGAUAAAACCAUAAAAUCUGUUAAAGAAAACCAGUCUUUGGAACUUGUGCAUGGUGGUGCUGUUUGGGACAUAUUCAGACGGGAGGAUGUCCCCAAGUUAUGUGAGUACUUAAUGAAGCAUCAGAAAGAAUUCCAUCACUUCCACAAUCUUCCUGUAAAUAUGGUUACUCAUCCUAUUCAUGACCAAAUCUUUUAUCUGAAUGAGAGACAUAAAAAGCAGCUCAAGGAGGAGUUCGGCAUUGAACCCUGGACAUUCGAGCAAAACCUCGGUGAAGCUGUUUUCAUUCCUGCUGGAUGCCCACAUCAAGUAAGAAAUAGACAGUCAUGCAUUAAAGUUGCCCUUGACUUUGUAUGCCCUGAAAAUGUGCAAGAGUGCAUCCGAUUGACAGAGGAGUUCCGCUUGCUUCCAAAAUAUCACAAAGCUAAAGAAGAUAAACUAGAGGUGAAGAAGAUGGCACUAUAUGCUGCAAAUCUUGCUGUAACAGAAGCCAAAAAUCUGAUUUCAGAACUCAACUCUUCAAAUCGAAGCAACACUAAUUGUAGCUGACUCACUAGUAGUUGCAGUCCAUGUCCUAACAGCAGUUUCUCAAUAUUUUACCUCCACAGGCCUUAUGCUAGUUAUUUCUUAGCUAGUCUAUUUUGUAAUUUUGUAACAUGCCAAUAACUGGAGGUUUGUAAUUGUAUGCCCUGGUUUCUUUACCAAAGGCCCUUUUGUACAAAUUAUGGCAUUUUGAAUCUGAAGAUAAGUUGUUCAGAGCUGUACAUCUUUUUAAUGUU